AUGGUGAUGUGCAAGAAGGCACCGAGCAUUCUGUUGCUCGCCGUCGUCGCCGCUGCGGCGGCGUCGCUCUUUGCUCCGGCGACGGCGGGGUGGUCGAAGGGCACGGCCACGUUCUACGGCGGCAGCGACGCCUCCGGGACGAUGGGUGGGGCGUGUGGGUACGGGAACCUGUACUGGUCGGGGUACGGGACGAACACGGCGGCGCUGAGCUCGGCGCUGUUCAGCGACGGCGCGUCGUGCGGGCAGUGCUACCAGAUCGCGUGCGACUACCAGGCGGAGCCGCAGUGGUGCCUGCAGGGGAAGACGGUGACCAUCACGGGCACCAACCUGUGCCCGCCCAACUACGCCCUCUCCAGCAACGACGGCGGCUGGUGCAACCCGCCCCGCACGCACUUCGACAUGGCCGAGCCGGCCUGGCUCCAGAUCGGCAUCUUCAAGGCCGGCAUCGUGCCGGUGCUCUACCAAAGGGUGCCGUGCGUGAAGCAGGGAGGGGUGAGGUUCACCAUGGGAGGGUUCAACUACUUCGAGCUGGUGCUGAUCACGAACGUGGCCGGCAGCGGGUCGAUCCAGUCGGUGUGGGUGAAGGGGACGAACACCAACAGGAUGCCCAUGAACAGGAACUGGGGGGCGAACUGGCAGUCGCUCGCCGGGUUCGUCGGCCAGGCGCUCACCUUCGGCGUCACCUCCACCGGCGGCCAGACCGUCGUCUUCCAGGACAUCGUGCCGUCGUGGUGGAAGUUCGGCCAGUCGUUCGCCUCCAACCUCCAGUUCUCCUACUGA